AUGAUGGGAACCAACCCUAUUUGCUCUUGGACUGACUCAAAGAAUUUGAAAAUUGCCUUAGGCUCGGGAUUCAAGCUAAGAAAUGACUCUAUUGAUUUAGAUGGCACAUAUAUUCUUAAAGAUACAAAAGAUACAUGUACAACAAACUAUCAAGCAUUAAGUGUUUCAAUAGCCAUGGGAUCAAACACAAGUCCAACUGCAAAAUUAUCAGGCCCAGAAUCUAUCUCUCUUGGAUGUGGAAGUGACUCACUCCUUUACUCAUCUGAUAAGUCUACUGGGUCUUUUGGAGGUGAUUUCACUUAUACUUGGAAAGCUAUAAUGUCUCCUGCUCUUUCAAGUUUGUCGUCUUGGGCUGAAAAGCAAACAUCAUCAUCUUUAACAAUUACUAGAGACAAACUUUCCUCAGUAUCUUCUGAUGCAACUUUAACGGUGACUGUGACAAUCAAAAAUUGGCUCAGUGAAACAACAAGCUCGGCAUCCGUAGUAACAUCAGUUUCUCCUCAACAGUCUCUAUCCGUUUCAUUUGACUCAGGCAGCUCAGUAUCAAUGAAAGCUUCUGAUAAAAAAGAAGUGAAAGCUAAAGUGACAUCAGUUUGUGGAGGCUCAACAAGCGCCAUAUCUUGGAAAUGGUCUUAUGUUUCAACCACAGAUAAUAGUAUAGCAUCUUCUCUUGCUUCAAGCACUACAACUCAAAAAUUAUCGAUACCUAAGAACACGUUUACUGCUGGAGGUCCAUAUUCUUUCACAGCAACUGCUUCUCAAGACAAUAGUGGAACAACAGUUACUGGUAGUGCUACAGUUUCUAUUACAGUUACAUCUUCUCCUCUAUAUAUUGAGUUGUCUAAAGGUAGCGGACAAAUUUCUUCAUCCAAAGAUUAUACCGUCAAUGCUGAUAAGUCCAAAGAUCCAGAUGAUUCUUCAGGUCUUACUUAUGCUUGGACCUGUGCUAAUCACGAAGAUGGGUCGACAUGCAAAGGUGCAGAUGGCUCAAUCUUACUAAGCAAUGAAGCAAAUAGCGCACUUACUAUUCCUUCAGCAAAGAUUGUAAAGGGUGCUGAAUGGGAUAUAACUUGCACAAUAUCGAAAGAUACUAGAACAGCAAGCUUAACCAUAACUCUCAAUGUCUUAGAUGCUGAUACUUCUAGCUCAAUUGAAAUACCAGCUAUUGCUACAAAAGCCAGCAGCCAGAAUAAGAACAAAUACUCAGCAAGUGUUUCCUCAAGCGAAGGUUCUACGUUUAUAUGGACUCAAAAAUCUGGAUUAUCGAUUUCAAUUUCACCAAAUAAUCUUCCGUCUCUUUUAAUUCCUUCUGGGACAAUGAGUGAUGGAAUGGCAUAUGUAUUCACCUUGAAGAUAACAGACUCUAACAGUGUAAGCUUAAGCGUUGACUUGUCUGUCUCAGUUAACUUAGGAGCAUCUUGCUCAGGAGCAUUAGCUGUGUCGCCAACAACUGGAAUGGCUUUAAUUGAUACUUUUACAAUUUCAAUAAGUGGCUGCGUUGAUCGUGAUGAUGAAGACUAUCCACUUCUUUACACGUACAAGUACUCUCUAUCUGGAUCAAACUCGAAAUACACUAUAGGAUCUACCACUGAAGAAAGCCAAAUUUCAUCCAAACUGUCUUCAGGCGAGCAGGUUAUUUCAGUCCAUGUUUGUGACCAGCUUGAUACUUGCGAAGAUUACUCAUCUUCUAAACUUACAGUUAGCAAAUACUCACCUGGAAGGCGUCUAGACACUAGCACGUUGAUGGAUACUUACCUGUCCAUGACUCUUGAUCCAGAUAAUAUCCCAUCUACUAUUACUUUGAUAUGCUCAGGAGCUACAAUUGAUAGUUCUUUGUUUGCAAAGAUGUGGAGUGAUUUGCAGUCUUAUGUCCAAACCCAAAGCAGCAUGACAGUCAAUUUACUUCAGUCUCUGCUGGGAUCUGUUUACUCUAUGACCAGCCAAACUGAUUUAAUGAGCAUUAGUAUGUACGAACAGUUGAUAACUUGGCUUAAUAGCAUUUUGACCACUUACAAUACACUUUACCCAAGCCAAGAUAAUAUGAAUACAGUGGUUUUGAUAGGUGAGAGCUAUUUGAAUUAUGGAAAUAGCACUAGCUUCUCAGAUAAAAGCUUUGAAAAAUCAGUUUUGUACGUCAAUGACUUCUAUCUUACUUGGGCUGUAAAAGCAACCCAUGAUGACCUAGUGACUCAAUCAUCGCUAAGUGGAAAUCAAAAUACUGAUAAUGUCCAGAUUUAUAAAGAUAGAAAUUUCAGAAAAGAUAUGGAGAAUAAAACUAAGGAAUAUACUAACAGUAAAAUUCUUACUUAUCCUAGCAUCCUUGAAUUUGAUGAUGAUAGUAUUAUGAACAUGAGAGCUAAUUUCUACCAGGGAUAUUCAAACGAUAGCUAUUCUGAUAUCGCUUUAUUCAGCUUUGGAAAUUCAGGCACAUACAAAGACUACACUCUUACAAUUAAUGAUGAAACUUAUGUUCCAUACUCGUCAACUGAUUAUCCAUUCCUCAUUGAGCUGCCUUUCUACAAGAAUAUUUCUGAAGGAAUGGUGUGGGGCUGCCAAUACUACAAUGAAACAAGCUCAAAUUGGACUGAGUCAAACUGCAAGGUUUCAAGCAUCAACAACGAAGAUCAAACAGUCAAAGUCAAGGUCUACCAUUUCUCAAUGUACAAACUUGUAGAGAUCAACCCUAGCGAUAAUCCACCUCCUUAUGUACCAACUAGUAGCUCAAGCUGUGACGAUAACUACGCCCCUCUCUACAUCCUUGUAGUCACUUUGUUUAUUGGCUUGAUUCUGGCCCCAAUUAUGGUGAUUAUCGACAGAAUUAGCCACCCUGCAGCUACUGAGAUCAAAACUAGGAAUGUGCCUCACAACUCACCAUCCCAUUCUCCAAGACCAACUGAGCGAGGACUAAUGCGUCAUGAUAUAAGCAUUCAUGCAUCCCAAGGAGAAGAGUCAGUUGAAAGCGGACAGUCUGGCAGUUCAGAGGAUGAAGUUGUUGAGUCGCAAGAAAUUGAUUUGACUGAAAACUCAAUAGUCCAACAAAUUGGAGGACCAUCAAAUGAUGAGAAGCCUGAGGAUGAAGUUAAGUAUGAGCUUCAAGAAUUAUACUUUUUCAAUCAGUUGAGUAAUCUGGUUUUAGAUAAAUAAGUAAUAUUCCACUCAUUAUAGGUUGCUCAACUUUAAAAAUAUUGCAAAGUUAUUCAAAUGAGCAUAAUUGAAGGCCAUUUAGCUCUUGGAAUAUUCUAUUAUAGGCCAACAUUCUCGAGAGUAGCAAGGCUCUUCACUUUGGUUGUAGUCAUCAUCUUUGAACUAUUGCUUGAAGGAUUGCUGUACUUUGGAUUUGAAGAUAUCAACUCAGGAAGCGAAACAGCAACUCAGACAUUGUUUGAUGACUAUGAAGGAAACUACUUUGGGUAUAUGAUUUUGGCUUUAGCUAUUACAAUCCCUGUUGAAAUCUUUAUGGUUGUUGCGUUUAGCAUUGAUAGAACUAAAGCUCCACAAUGGUCAGCAGCUGCAGUGACUCUUGGAGUUGCCAUUCUCAUUGGAUCUAUUGUUGGAAUUGUGAUGCUAAGCUAUGACUUCUGCCAUAAAUGGAGUGGGUACUGGGCUGUUAGCUUCUUAUGGGGAAUCUUAAUUGAGAUCUUUAUUAUGGAAACAAUUUACAUGAUUGUCAGGUAUUUCAUCAUUCAAGCUUAUCCUCCGGUGGAAACAAGCAAAUCUAAGGCUUAA